AUGCAGUUCUCCGUCGCCACCAUUUCCGCCAUCCUGGCCUUCACCUCAUUCGCCUCAGCUGCCCCCUCCAGACGAGGCUACGCCCCAGAGCUCAGCUUGACUGCCCAGCUCCAGCUUGCCGACACUGCCGUUGACCGCUUCGCCCUUCUCAAGGAUGACCAGUUCGUCUUCGACUUCAACCAGCAGCAGCCCAACCCUGGCAAGGGUGGCCAGCUUGUCGCCGCCAACCGCAAGACCUUCCCUGCUCUUGUCGGUACUGGUGCCGGUAUGGCUUUCGGCCGCGUCGAUGCCUGCGGCAUGAACACUCUCCACGUUCACCCCCGCUCUGCCGAGCUUCAGAUCGUCACCUCCGGCCGCCUCAUCACCGAGAUGGUUCCCGAGAACGGUGUCAACAACGCCGACGGCACCCGCCGCGUCAUCCGCACCGAGCUUGGUCCUAACAUGAUGACUCCCUUCUACCAGGGCUCCGUUCACACCCAAUUCAACCCCGACUGCCACCCCGCUACCUUUGUCGCCGCCUUCGCCUCUGAGGAUUUCGGCGCCGGCCAGGUCCAGGAUGAGACCUUUGCUCUCAGCGACGACGUUAUCGCCGCCACCUUCGGCCAGAGCAUCGCCGGCGAGGACAUCGACCUUGUCCGCCAGGCUAUCCCCAAGAGCAUCGCUCUCGGCGUCGACGAGUGCCUGAAGAAGUGUGGCAUCACCAAGCGCGCCAUCUAA